AAAACUUCCGACUGUUCCGAACUUUACAUAAUUAUUAUUUUUGCGUCAACUGAGCUCUUGAAUAUAAAGAUAAACCAUACAAACAACAUGGCUUCAAAAAAAUCUACGCAUUAAAAGCAUCAGUACAGGGCAGGGCAGGCAUUGCAGUAACGCAAUAGCUGCAGCGCUAACCGUCACACCUGCUCAGAUCUGCCUGUGCUUCUUGCUUAUCACGCAUGCACAGGAUAUUAUUUAUAAACAAAACAUAAGUCUCAUGCUGUAAACACCGAUAGACUUCAUGAUUUGAGGCACAAUGGACUCCAAGAGGGAAAAGGACAACGUAACUGAAUGUGCAAAAAUCACCAACGUGCUUCUGAAGUCCCGUACGGGGGAGUUCGAUUUGGAAUCUAUUUUGUUUCUUAAACUGAGGAAUUUAGGAAUAUAUGACCUUGGAUGUAUAGGGGAGUGUUUAAACCUAGAGAGGCUGGACCUCUCUUGCAAUAACAUCACAAAUUUGGGUCCUCUUUCACCCUUGCGAAGGCUUCUCGUUCUUAAUUUAUCAGCCAACAGGAUCUCUAAUUUAGAUUCUCUUUCUAGCUGUGAAAGUUUGCAGAGUCUUAAUUUGGCGGGUAAUGUUAUACCGAGUAUUGAUAAUCUCCACGCACUCAAGUCUUUACGGAGACUGGAGAGCGUUAGAUUAAAGGACAACACUUAUAAUUACUCCAAUCCAGUCUGCAAGAAUUCUUCAUACCGGAGCCUUUUUCUUGAAAUGUUCCCAAACAUCAAAGUUUUAGAUGGUGAAAGGGUUGUGGGACGAGGAAGUGACUUAUAUCAACUAUGUAAAGAUAUUGAUGACACAAUUAAAGCUGGCUUGUUUAAAAAUGGUCAAAUUCCUGACGUACCGGACUGCAAACCUUGGGUGGAUGAUGGUUUUUGGGAUAUAAAAAGAUCGAACAAUGCCAUUGUUGAUGAAGCCUAUAAACAAUUCAGUGAUGUUCUUCAUGAAUGCAGACUGCUGAACAGCAGAGCAGCCCAUGUGAUAUCACAAAAUGAAAGAAGCAUCUGUCUCAAGAACCAACCAAAGCAGUAUGCUGUUUGAAUCUGGGGAUUCAAUGACAUUAUGUUUCCAUUUGCUAAAAAUACAUGUUUUCUUUUUAAACAUCCAUAUGCUUGAUACAUCACCGGUGCCAGAAAUCCAAAAUGCUCCAUGUUGCCUGCCGUGUGAGGGUUAGUGACUACACUAGAGUCUUUUUUUGGUUUUCCAACAGAGAGAGACUACCACUGUUGUUAUCCCUAAUCCAAUUUAAACAACGUCUCAGGAUGUUCAGAAUCAAACAAAUCCACUCUGCACCCCUAACACAACUGUAUUCUACAUAUGCUUUAAAAUGCACUUAAUUAUGCUUACAAUGCUGCUAUUUGUAUUUUUUGUAAUAGUGAUGCACUUGUUUUGUUUAUUCCUAAAGCUUUCCCAUGAUGCACUUGCUGAUUAACAUUUUUCCACAAUGUUUUUUGACUUUUCAUUGUGGAUGCAUUUUUGAACUUGUAUGCACCUGUUUGUUUAAUACUUAAGGCUUCUUUGUUUUUCUUUGCUCAACCAGCGUUUUCCUUUUCACUGCAUUUAUAUUGUAUAAUAAGAUAUUUUGUUUGCCUUGCAUCUUUCCAUUUUCUUUUACUUGGAUAAACACUUGCCCAAAAAAAAAUUCUGUGUCUUUUGUUAUGCUUAUUUUCUUAUUUAUUUUUCGUUUCACUCACCAGAAACUGAAAAAAAGGUUUCAUUGUAGUGAUAUUGAAAAAUAAUUGUGACGCUUGUGGAAAGUGUGUUGCGACAUCCAGAUCAGUAGGGGGAGUAAGACAAAGAGUUGACCAACUUUACAGUCGCAUGUAGAAAAGCCGACUUGCACCAAGGGUCGCCAGGUUUGGUGUAAUCCCUAUUUUAAAGUAGAGAAAAAUGUAAAAGCUUAAAAGAUGUAUUUGUAUAUUUAUAUUUUUCUGAUCUAACUGUUGUAAGCCAUUGUAACGACUCCAUACACAUUCAUAAAUCAACUUUUAAAUGAUUCAACCCAUUUCAAUCACCCACUUUUUGA